AUGGUAGCGAAGGGCAAGAGGAACGCGGCGAACCAGCACGACAAGCGACACGAGAAUGGCCUCGCAGCACCCGGCAAGCGCAUCUCCCGGCAGAAGAGCAACCCGCACCUCAACGGCCACGCAAAUGGGAAGCCCCAGCCGCCGCCGCCGUCGCCCGCGAGCAAUGUAAACGAGCUUAUGACGCAGCCCGCCAGCGCCCUCGACUCCGCCCAGGGCGCGAGUGCUACACCCCCCAGCAUGGCCGGGACUGCGUCUACCAGCGCGGACGAGCGGGCUCGCGCCGCCUCGGACGUCUCGCUCGACGGCCUCGAGGCCUGCCGCCCGUACGACGGCGCCGGGCCCCUCGACCCUGCGCCCUCCAGCUCGCUCCGCCGCGCGGAUGCUGCUGCCAAUGGCCAAAAGACCCCGCCCGUCUACAAGGCCAACAUGCUCACCGUCACCGCUACCAUUCUCUCGUCCUGUCCUCUGCGGGACGUCCUCGCCAUCCUCAUCAUCUUGCUCCAGCUGCCCCCUACCGUGCUCACCGUAGUCCAGUUCCUCUUCGCAACCCUCACCUUCGUUCCCCCCCAGGCCGGAACCCCCCUCUCGGCCCUCUCUGCCUUUCCGUCCUUCACCGACAUCUUCCAGGGCUCCGGCGGCACGCCCUCCCUCUUCACCAUCAUUUUCGCCGAUGCCCUCAUACUGCUCAUCUGGCUGGUGCUCUGGGUCCCUGUGCAGAACUUCUUCCUGGACCUGGCCCAGGCCGUCAUUGCAAUCGCGCUUGGGGGCGCCGCGGCAGGGAAGAAUGGCACCACGAACAGCAUAUUCAUCUGUUUCAUCAUCAUUCUUUCCAAUCACAUCUUCAGAUUCAGGCCUCUCCGGCAACACCUCCUGCACUUUGUCUAUACCGGGCUCGCCCGGGGAGGCCUGGAAUUUCUGUCGAGCCCGCCCAGUACCCCUACCUACCUGGAGAGCUUUUCGACGCCGCAUGGUUGGCCUCGGAGCCUCUUGGGUAUCCACAUUUUAGCACAAGGUGUCGUUCGUAUUAUUCGGCGAUCUCUUUCAAGACGCGAGGCAGCCCAGUCGCUGCCGACCGGCAAGAAGUCUGACCCCGAAGCCGGCGUCCACCUCCAGCGCUCUAACACUGCCAAUAUCGACUCGAACGCCGAACUGCCGAGUUCGUCGAGCACCGACGGCCGCCCACCAGGGCCGUCGCCCGCAGCACACGCGCAGAAGGAGAAGGCGAGUAGCAGCAGAAGGAAGAGGAAGCAGGCUACUCAUGUUCGGAGUCAGCAGCCGUUUUGGGCUGCACUUGCAAGUACAAAAGUUACAGUUUUGAAAGAGAUGGAAAGUAGCCGAGCGGCGAACGACGCCGAGGAGGCUAACGCAAAAGAUGCAAAUCACAUUGGAAACGCUGUUUGGAGAUCGGAGGAGGACCGUGUUUGGAUUUCGGAAGUCGGCCAUUCUGACAUUUCAUUUCGUGUUAGAUUUUUCAGUGACGGGGAGUAUGAUGGUGUGCAGGAGGACCAGAACGGGAGUGCCGGGUCUGGGAUUGACAAGUCGAAGCCUUUCUACAUCCGUGUCAACGGUGCUGAUUGGAGCUCGACCCGGAUUCGACCAUGCAAUCCGCAGGGAUAUAUGGGUGAGGAGGGAAACGGCACCUGGGUAGGAGAGAUAUUCGGUCUUACGGCCUUGUCAAACUACUACUGCGAGUUUGUCCGGACUAGGGACCGGGAAGUCUUCUACACGGCAAGCCUUAUUACCUCGGCGGGCCCGGUUGCUGAACAAGCCUCCAUCGCCUCGCCUCCAGCCCACCAAACCUUGCGGCCCUCGUCGCCCACUACGACCCUAAAGAACUCCAUUGCCGCUGCAGAUCAACAACUCCAAGAACAACGCAAUCGGCUGAAACGGAAUAAGAAGGACCACAAAGCUGCCAUCACUGCUAUUAAGAAAGAGGUGGAUACUCUCGGUGGCCGACUUGCUAAUGCCGGAGGUAGUGAUGAGCGUCAACGUCAACGAGUUCUCCAGUUCACUCAGAAUAUUCGCCAAGCUGAUGACGCUGCCGCCGACUUUGCCCUCAAGAUUGACGCCCUUGGAGAGAUCCCGAGUGACCAAGCUGGGGAGGCUGCCGCCAAGAAGCGGGAGUGGCAGAAGGAGCGGGACAACAAGAAUUCUGUCUCAACUGAGUUCGAGGACGCCAAAGCUGAAGUGGAGCGCCAAGUCCGCAGCAUUGAGUCGGACAUUGCUACUGUCCUCCAGAAGAGGGAACGCCUCCUUCAGCGCCAGGCAAGACUCAAUGACCAGCACGACCGUCUCAUCACAGCCAACAAGGAGGGCUACACUGCCAAGCAACGGAAGGAGCAGGAACGCCUCGCACUGCAGCAGGAGCGGAUCACCGUUGAGAAUCAGUACCGCAGCAACAUCAACAGCUAUGAACGCCGCGCAAACGAGUUCAACGUCUCUACGACGCAGAUCAUGCAGACGAUUCAGCACUUCGAGGCCCUUCUCAUGCAGCAGUCGCACCAGUCAAUUUCAGUUCCUGCCACCCCCGACGGUCCCCUUCCUGGCACCAGCGUCAACGGCAUGUCCCCUCACGCUCAUCCCUUUACCAGCUUCACGUUCCCACCCCUCAACACGCAUGUCAACAGCACUCCCGGCUCCGUCCGUGGUGGACGAGGUCGCUCUUCGUCCAUGCUGUCCAAUGUGUCUGGUUUCACCGACGGCUACGACGAGCAAGCCUCUCCCUCAGGCAAUGUCAUCGGCAACCCGUGGAAUACGUCUGCUUUACUCAACGGUCGCAAGGGAAGUCACGGCAGUGGCAGUCUUAGCUCGGGAACGUCGAGUCAAAGCUCGAGCCAGCGUGAUCCAAUGAGUCCCCUUCCGAACGUCAAGCCGGUCAUGGCGAGGAGUCCGACAAGUGGUAGCAAUGGGGUGGCGAGUCCGAUCAGCGGUCGAUAA